CUUGUUCUCUCACCCCUCUUUGCCUUCAUCCUCUAGGUGUCUUUUUCUGGGAUGUCCAGGCUAAGUGGCCUGAGGGGGUUCAGCCCCAAAGCACAGACCACUGGCACAGACACUCCCACUGCUGAGAGACUACACAAGCUACAAGCUACUCUACAGAGGGACACUUCCACAUACAGAGACACCUGCAUGGCUGCUUGAAAGAGAGAACUAACCAAACUAAGGCUAAGGCUGAACUUUGGAUCAGAUAUUCAGGACCCAACUGGUCUUCAGGCAGACACCACCUGUGUUGGCGUUUGCUUUUAUUAAACCAACUUCCAUUUCUUCUUCUUGGAUCUCCUGAUAUUUUACAUUCCAUCCAUCAAAUAAUCUAUCCUUCCAUUCAUUGUUUUUGUGCUGCAGAGCUAGAGGUGUAGAGCAGGUAAUGGAUAAUGCUGGCCAUGGUGACCUAGUGUAAAUGGCUAUUCCUCAGCACAGCUUAGUGCCAGUAUCUACUGCUCGAUCUCCCUCCUCCACUCCCUCCUCCUCUUACCCCUACUUCACCUCUCUGCUCUUUUUGUCUGUUCACCCCUGCUGCUUUCUGCCCAGUCCUGCCGCUCCCCUCCAACACCAUGGUAGGUGCAGGCUUGGGUGUGUGGAAGCUAAUGCGAGGAGUCCGCCAGCUGGAGCUUCACCGCCUCAUCCUGGCACUCAUCAUCUUCUGCUUGCUGUCCAUGGCCUUCCUAGCUUACUAUGUCUCCAACAGCCCCAAAAUCAAGGAGGCCCCCCCUUUACCAUUCAGUGACUGUGGUGGAGGAGGGAUGUCACCAGGAGCCAGUACGGGGGCCGCUGGAGGAGGGCCUGGUGUCCAGAGGGCACCACUUUUCCUUCCCCCGCGGCAGGGACGAUUACGGCAGGUGAAGGCGGUGGACAAUUCCAGGACAGAGCCUGUAGUUCUGGUGUUUGUAGAGAGCAUCUACUCCCAGCUGGGCCAGGAGAUUGUAGCCAUAUUAGAGUCUAGCCGCUUCCACUACCGGACAGAGAUUGCUCCUGGUAAAGGUGACAUGCCCACAUUGACAGAGCGUAACCGUGGACGCUACACACUUAUCAUCUAUGAAAAUGUGUUGAAAUAUGUCAACCUGGAUGCGUGGAACCGUGACUUGCUGGACAAGUACUGUGCUGAGUAUGGAGUAGGUGUCAUUGGCUUCUUCAAAGCUAAUGAAAACUCUCUUCUCAGUGCACAGCUUAAAGGGUUCCCUCUCUUUCUACAUUCACACCUGGGACUCAGGGACUACCGCAUCAAUCCCAGUGCUCCUCUACUCUACAUCACCAAGCCCAACCAGGUGGAGCAGGGCUCUUUACCAGGGGAGGACUGGACCAUUUUUCAGUCUAACCACUCUACUUAUGAACCAGUGCUUCUGGCCAGCACCAAGUCCUCUGAGGCACUAGCACAUUUUGGACCCAGCCCCCUGCGGACCCUCCAUGCAACAGUGGUCCAGGACUUGGGGCUCCAUGAUGGUAUUCAAAGAGUUCUUUUUGGGAACAACCUCAACUAUUGGCUUCACAAGCUGGUGUUUGUAGACGCCAUCGCCUACCUGACAGGGAAGAGGCUGUGUUUGUCCUUGGACCGCCAUAUCCUGGUAGAUGUGGAUGAUAUUUUUGUUGGCAAGGAGGGAACCCGUAUGAAGGUGUCAGACGUAGAGGCGUUGCUCAACACUCAAAACAAACUGAGAGCACUGGUCCCUAAUUUCACCUUCAACUUGGGAUUUUCUGGGAAGUUUUAUCACACAGGUACUGAUGAGGAGGAUCGAGGAGAUGACAUGCUGCUGCAACACAGAAUGGACUUUUGGUGGUUUCCUCACAUGUGGAGCCACAUGCAGCCUCACCUCUUUCACAAUGUCAGUGUCUUAGCUGAGCAGAUGAGGCUCAACAAGAUCUUUGCUCAGGAGCAUGGUAUCCCAACAGAUAUGGGCUAUGCCGUGGCUCCACACCACUCUGGGGUUUACCCAGUUCACAGCCAGCUCUAUGAGGCCUGGAAGUCUGUGUGGGGCAUCAAGGUGACCAGUACAGAGGAAUACCCCCAUCUGAGGCCAGCUCGGUACCGCCGUGGCUUCAUCCACAAUGGGAUCCAGGUGUUGCCUCGGCAGACCUGUGGUCUGUUCACACAUACAAUCUUCUAUAAUGAAUACCCAGGAGGCUCAAAGGAACUGGACAAGAGUAUCAGAGGGGGGGAACUCUUCCUCACGGUCCUCCUAAACCCUAUCAGUAUCUUCAUGACCCACCUAUCUAAUUAUGGCAACGACAGGCUUGGUCUCUACACCUUUGAGUCUUUGGUGAAGUUUGUCCAGUGUUGGACUAACCUCAGGCUGCAGACAUUGCCCCCCGUUAAGCUCGCUGAAAAAUACUUCCAGAUCUUCCCUGAGGAAAGAGACCCACUCUGGCAGAACCCUUGUCAUGACAAGAGACACAAAGAUAUCUGGUCUAAAGAAAAAACUUGUGACAGACUUCCCAAGUUCCUCGUCAUUGGACCACAGAAAACAGGCACUACAGCACUUCAUUCAUUCCUGAGCCUCCACCCAGCAAUUACCAGUUCUUUCCCCAGUCCCACCACCUUCGAGGAGAUCCAGUUCUUCAGUGGAGCAAACUAUGACAACGGGAUUGACUGGUACAUGGAUUUCUUCCCAUUCCCUUCUAAUGUCAGCACAGAUUUCAUGUUUGAAAAGAGUGCCAACUACUUUGACACAGAGGUAGCUUCUAAAAGAGCUGCUGCCCUGCUACCUAGAGCCAAAAUCCUGGCAGUGCUCAUCAACCCAGCUGACAGAGCUUACUCCUGGUACCAGCACCAGAGGGCCCAUCAGGACCCUGCAGCCAUCAACAACACUUUCCAUUUAGUGGUGACAGCAGGCCCUUCAGCCCCCAAGGACCUGCUGGCCCUUCAGAGACGCUGCCUUAACCCAGGGGCCUAUGCUACUCACCUGGAGCGCUGGCUGCAACACUACCAGCCCAGCCAGUUGCACAUUGUGGAUGGAGCCCUGCUGCGGACCAACCCAGCUCUGGUGAUGGAGGGAAUCCAGAGAUUCCUCGGUGUCACUCCCAUCUUCAACUACACCCAGGCUCUAAUGUAUGAUGACAGCAAAGGUUUCUGGUGUCAGCGAGUGGAAGGAGGUCGAGCUAAAUGCCUGGGGAAGAGUAAAGGCAGGAAGUACCCAGAGAUGAGUCCUGAGUCGCGUGCCUUUCUGGCUGAGUACUACCGUGAGCACAACAUGGAGCUGCUGCGUCUGCUCAAUCGACUGGGACAACCGCUGCCAUCCUGGCUCCGCCAAGAACUCCAGAGCACCAGCUGGAGCUGAGGCCAUAAGCUCACAGAUAGACAGACAGACAGACAGACAGACCACAGAGAAGCCGGGACUGGAGUCUGUGGAUGAGCCAACACUUGGCUCUGGGUUAGACUGAACUACCUAAUCUGGAAUCAACAGCAGCACACACUAAAAGAGCUACCGGGUUUUAGCUGAUGUUACUGGUGCUCCCGUUCAAUGGCAAAGAGAAGACAGCAUGAGAUCUUUCUGAAAGUGUUGGUCCCUGUUGGAGAAGGAUUCCAGUGGACUCUCCCUCCAGCUCCUGAUUUGUUGCCGACCUCCCAUGAGCACUGGGCAGCCGUCAGCCUCAGUUGGUGUGUGUGGGACGAGGGGGGUCCGGGCCUGACCCUGCACGCAUCAGUUUGCUGUGGAUCCAGAGGGACUGAGUGACCAGCAGAUUUGAGGUAUAAAGAUCAGAUCAGACCGCCUUAAUGUGAGGAGAGAAACUCACAGGAUGAGACCGUGCAGAUGUGGAGUGUGUA